GCCCUCGGGUCCAUCUCGACGUACCUCGACUCGUGCUUCAUGCCGGCCUUCGACUCGAGCGAGCAGUGGGGGAAGGCGUCCGAGGAGCAGCGGUCCGACUUCACGACGGAGAUGGGCCACUUCAUCUCGACGGUCAAGGAGGCCCUGAGCAGCCUCAUCGGCGGGCUCGUGCUGGACAAGCCGACGCUCACGUCGCCGGACGUGCUGAACGCGAAGACGUUCAGCCAGCAGGCGAAGCAGAACCCGGAGCUCAUCCCGCACUUCGAGGGGCUCCUCGAGGGCUGGUGCAACCAGAUCCAGGCCUACCUCGACGAGCCCACGUCGAAGCAGACGGCCGACGACGAGUCCGAGGACGUCGGCCCGCUCAAGGAGCUCGACAACUGGCGGAACCGCAUGCAGCGGCUCACGUCGAUCGCGGAACAAUUAAAACGGAAGGACUGCAAGUCCGUCAUCAACCUGCUCCAGAGCGUCACGAAGAACAGCGCGGACCCGUCGAAGCAGAAGAUGAUGUCGCUGUUGCGCCGCUGGAAGCAGACGGACGUGAACAUCACCGAGGCCGCGAACGAGGCCAAGGACAACGUCAAGUACCUCUUCACGCUCGAGCGCUUCAUCGAGCCGCUCUACAAGGGCACGGCGACGACGAUCAUCGACACGCUGCCCGCGCUCACGAACAGCAUCAAGAUGAUCCACACCAUCGCGCGCUACUACUCGACGAACGAGCGCAUGACGGCGCUCUUCGCGUGCAUCACGGACCAGAUGAUCGUCAACUGCAAGGCGUCCAUCUGGGGCAUCCGCCCGGACGAGGUCACGAAAACGAUCGAUCCGUCGCUCCACGACUCGCUCUGGGAGAAGGACGAGCAGGAGCUCGUCCGCCAGCUCGAGAGCUGCCUCAAGCUCUCGGAGGCGUACCAGGAACAGUACCGCCUGACGAAGAAGAAGCUGCAAUCCAUGCCCAAGGGCAAGCAAUUCGACUUCAACGAGAUGCACAUUUUCGGCAAAUUCGACCUCUUCUGCCGCCGCAUCAUCAAACUGAUCGACAUGUUCUCGACGAUCGACCAGUUCAAAUCCCUGAGCAACAACAAGCUCGAGGGCGCCGCGCCGGCGUCCCUCAUCGAUCAGUUCCACAACAUCGUGCGCGACUUCCGCCAGAAGAACCACGACCUUUUGGACUACCACAACAACAAGUUCGACCGCACCGCCCCGCGCGACUACGUCGAGUUCAACGUGAAGAUCAGCGACCUGGAGGGCGCGCUACAGCACUUUAUCAACCAGUCGUUCGAAAAUAUCACGUCUAUCGAAAAUUCGUUGAACCUGCUGCACAAAUUCCAGUCGAUUCUGCAGCGCGAGACGCUCAAAUCGGAUCUGGACAGCAAAUUAAACAUCAUCUUCCAGAACUACGGCAUCGAGCUCGAGCAGGUCCAGCAGCUGUACGAGAAACAGAAGCACGACCCGCCGAUUCCGCGCAACCUGCCGCCGGUCGCGGGCAACAUCACCUGGAGCCGCCACCUCCUGAAGCGCAUCGAGGCGCGCGCCCGCCAGUUCGAGUCGAACCAGAACGUGCUCGACGGCCAGGGCGCGCGGCGCAUCAUCCGCAUGUACAACAAGCUCGCGCGGACGCUCGUCGCGUUCGAGUACCUGUGGCAUCAGGCGUGGGUCCAGUCCAUCGACCAGGCCAAGUCGGGGCUCCAGGCGACGCUCAUCAUCCGCCACCCCGAGGACCAGAAGCUGUACGUGAAUUUCGACAUGGAGCUGCUGCAAUUAAUCCGCGAGGCCAAGUGCCUCGAUCGCAUGGGCGUCGAGAUCCCGGAGUCGGCGAAAAUCGUGUUAUUCCAGGAGGAGAAGCUCAAGAGCUACUACAACGACCUCCACUGGGCCCUCAACGAGUACGACCGCAUCGUGACCAUGGUCAUCCCCGUCACGGCCAUGGUUUUGCGGCCGCACUUCAAUGACAUGGAAUACGAGCUUCGACCGGGCAUGAUCACGCUCACGUGGACGUCCAUGAACAUCGAUUCGUACAAGAGCCACGUGCACCACGGGCUGCGCAAGCUCGAGCAAUUGGUGACGAACAUCAACGACAUCAUCGAGCACCGCGUAGAGAAGAACCUCAAGGUCGUCUCGCGGACGUUGCUCGUCGACUUGCCCGAGAACCAGUCGUUCACGGUGGAGGAGUUCGUCAAGAUGCAGGAAUCGCACAUCAUGAGCGAGAGCGAGCUCCUCCAGGGCAAGAACCUCGAGAUCGAGCACGCCGUGGAAGAUCUAGUAAAGAUCAUCGCGGCCUACCAGUUCGACAGCCACGUGGAGCGCGUCUCGGACGACGAGAUCUCCAAGCUCAAGAAGCACUACAAUCACUUUAUGUACCAGGCGCUGCUCCACUGCGCGAAGAAUUCGAUGAACGCGCUGAAGAAGCGCAUCGCAACGCGCGUGGGCACGAACUUUUUGUACGUGACGCGGCCGUUCUUCGAGGUCAUGGUCCAGCUCGCUCCGCCCGAGGUCAUUUUGCAGCCGUCGCUCGACGACAUUCAGGAGUGCAUCAACCGCAGCGCCCAGGCCAUUUUGCAGUGCUUUAAAACCGUCAAGGAUUGGUACGUCGUCGCCGGCGAGCUCCGCGACAAGCCGUCGGCGCCGACGUUUUUCGAGCGCAUCACCAAGGACAUCGAAAUUGUCCGCGUCGCUCUGCUGCUCACGGGCUGCGUCCAGGGCAUCCGCAACACGGUGCACGACUACCUCGGCUCCUUCUCCGCCUACGACUGGGUGUGGAAGAAGGACAAGGGCGAGGCCUACCAGGAAUUCAUCAUGGCGAAGCCGAGUCUGGACGACUACGAGGCCCAGCUGAAAAGCUUCGUCAAGGUGGACCAGACGAUUGAACAGAUCCCGUCUAUCCACAACAUCGGCGCGCUCUCGCUGAACACGAAUUCGCUGAAAACGCAGCUCAAGAGCGAGUGCCAGCAUUGGAAGGUCACGUACAGCGACAAUUUGCACAUCGAGGCGAAGCAGCGAUUAGAGGCGCUGUCGGAGUACAUCCGGUCCACGUCCGUGAAGCUCGAGAAGACCGUCCGCGACGACGACCUCGACGGCCUGCGCUCCAUGAUGGACCUCUUCAAACAGGUCCGGGAACGCGAAUCUGGCAUCGACAUGGAGAUCGCGCCCAUCAUGGAAAUGCGAGGCGCCGCGUACCACAUGCUCGAGCACAACCUGCCGUCGGGCUUCAUGGAGAAGUCGGAGAUCGACAAGAAGACAGUGCUCCGGUCCGCCUGGCGCAAGCUCGUAGCGACGGCCGCGAAGCGCGCCGAGGAGCUGUCCGUCAAGCAGCACGUCCACAAAAAGCGGCUCAAGAAGGACCGCAUGCUCCUCAAGAAAGAGGUCGCCAAGCUACGCGAGGACUGGCUCACGUCCGGCCCCGGCGUGCCCGGCGUCGAGCCCGAGAAGGCCCUGGACCGCCUGCGCUUCUCCAAGGACAAGCUCGCGCAGUGCCAGCGUAAAUACGACAUGGCCCACGGCGGCGAGGAGUUGUUCGCGCUGCCCUUCACGGACUACCCGGAGCUGCAGCAGACGAAGAAGGACAUCUCCCUCUUCGACCAGCUAUUUGGCCUCUACACGGACGUCAAGAGCCGCAUGGAGGAGUGGAAGCUCUUCCAGUUCACGGAGGUCGUCGCGAACAUCGAGGACAUGUCGAGCACGAUGGACAACUUCGCGCUCCGCUGCAAGAAGAUGCCGAGCCGCCUGCGCGGCUUCGACGCCUACAAGCGGCUCCAGACCCAGAUCAACGACUUCCAGAUCGUCCUGCCGCUCCUGCAGGAGCUGUCGAAGGCGUCGAUCAUGCCGCGCCACUGGGACGAGGUCAAGGAAUUGACGGGCAUGGAGUUCGACCAGACGGGCGCCGAGUUCAAGCUGCAAACCGUGUUAGAGCUCAAGCUCGAAGCCGUCGCCGAGGACGUCAUGGAGAUCACCGACGGCGCGGAUAAGCAGCUGAAGAUCGAGAACGACUUGAAGGAGAUCGACGGCAUCUGGCAGGUCCGCGAGUUCUCUUUCAAGGACUGGAAGACGCGCGCGGUGCCGACGCUCCAGGGCACGGGCCUCCUCAUGGAGGAGCUCGAGGAGGCCCAGAUGGCGCUCCAGACCAUGCUCACGAUGCGCCACGUCGCGCCCUUCCGCGAGGAGACCCAGGAGCAGCUCGCGGCGCUCUCGGACGCGUCCGACACGCUCGAGCGCUGGGUCAAGGUCCAGCUCAUGUGGUGCUCGCUCGAGUCCGUGUUCACGGGCGGCGACAUCGCCAAGCAGCUGCCCAUGGAGGCGAAGAAGUUCGGCAAGGUCGACAAGGACUGGGGCAAGCUCAUGUCCAAGAGCGAGGAGACGCGCCUCGUCGUCGAGUGCUGCCAGAACGAGAUGCUCAAAUCGAAGCUGCCCGAGAUGUACACGGAGCUGGAGAAAUGCCAGAAGUCGCUCGAGGGCUACCUCGAGGCCAAGCGGUCGCGCUUCCCCCGCUUCUACUUCUGCUCGAACUCGAAGCUGCUCAUCAUCCUGUCGCAGGGCUCGGACCCGACGUCGAUGAACGCGCACUACGAGACCGUCUUCGACGCCCUCGAGAAGGUGGACCACGACAAGAAGGACCGCACGAUCAUCCGGAAGAUGCACGGCGCGGGCGGCAAGGGCCACGAGGAGAUCAUGUUCGUGAAGCCGGUCCCGGCCCAGGGCAACAUCGAGGACUGGCUCACGGUGCUCCUGAAAUACAUGCAGAAGACGAUGAAGUACCUCUGCUCCAACGCGGGCACGCACAUGGCCGCCGCGGGCACGGAGAUCACGACGCUGCGCCACUUCGUCGACGAGGCCAAGGCGCAGUUCGCGCUGCUCGGCAUCCAGUUCAUGUGGACGACGGACACGCAGAACUCGCUCGAGGAGUGCUCCAAGAAGAAGAACAGCAUGAAGGAGUGCAACAGCCGCCAGCUCGACGUGCUCCGCGAGCUGUCGAGCUGGUGCCUCCAGGACCUGGGCUUCAAGGUGAACCGGAAGAAGAUCGAGACGCUCGUGACGAUCCACGUGCACCAGAAGGACGUCACGAAGGAGAUGUUCGACGGCUUCAAGCGCAAGGAGAUCAAGGACGCCAACGACUUCGAGUGGACGAAGCAGGCGCGGUUCUACUGGCGCAACAACGGCUCCGACGAGACGUCGGACGACGGCGCGUGCGUCAUCUCCAUCACCGACGCGGACUUCACGUACCAGUACGAGUACCUCGGCGCCAAGGAGCGUUUGGUGAUCACGCCCCUGACGGACCGCUGCUACAUCACGCUCGCCCAGGCCCUGAACAUGUGCUUCGGCGGCGCGCCCGCGGGGCCCGCGGGCACGGGCAAGACGGAGACGGUCAAGGACCUCGGCGCGACGCUCGGCAUCUUCGUCGUCGUCACGAACUGCGGCGACCAGAUGUCCUACAAGGACUGCGCCAAGAUCUUCAAGGGCCUCUGCCAGAGCGGCCUCUGGGGCUGCUUCGACGAGUUCAACCGCAUCCGCCUGCCCGUGCUGUCCGUCGUCGCGCAGCAGGUCCUGUCGAUCCAGAACGCGAAGAAGGCGGGCAGCCUCCUCUUCCAGUUCCCCGGCGACCCGCAGAACGUGAGCCUGAACCGCGCCGUCGGCUACUUCAUCACGAUGAACCCGGGCUACGCCGGCCGCCAGGCCCUGCCCGAGAACCUCAAGGCGCUCUUCCGCGGCGUGACGAUGAUGACGCCCGACUUCCAGAUCAUCAUGAAGGUCAAGCUCUGCUCCGUGGGCUACAACGAGUACGAGCUCCUCGCCCAGAAAUUCUUCGUGCUCUACGACACGUGCAAGCUCCAGCUCUCGAACCAGAAGCACUACGACUGGGGCCUCCGGAACAUUUUAUCCGUGCUGCGCACGAUGGGCGCGUCGAAGCGCGGCAACAUGGACAAGGCCGAGUCCUACCUCGUCUACCAGACGCUCCGCGACAUGAACCUGUCCAAGCUCGUCGCCCAGGACGUGCCCCUCUUCCUGUCCAUCCUCGCGGACCUCUUCCCGGCCAUGUCGGCGCCGCCGAAAGCCGAGUACCCGGACAUGGAGGCCGCGCUCAUGGAGGAGGGCACGCGCGGCGGCUGGGUCGGCAAGGUCAUCCAGCUCUACGAGACGACGCGCGUGCGCCACGGCAUCAUGCUCGUCGGCCCGACGGGCGGCGGCAAGACGCGCAUCUUCGCGCUCCUCCGCGGCGUGCUCACGAAGAUCACGGGCACGACGCACAAGGACUCGCGCUUCAACCCCAAGGCGAUCCGCGCCCAGGAGAUGUACGGCGAGAUGGACCCGCUCUCCGGCGAGUGGACCACGGGCGUCUACGCGGCCAUGUGGGCCAAGUACAACAACCGCGCGAACCCGUACAACACGUGGAUCAUCGCCGACGGCCCCGUCGACGCGAUCUGGAUCGAGGACCUGAACACGGUGCUCGACGACAACCGCAUCUUGACGCUGGCCAACGGCGACCGCAUGCCCAUGACGGACAACGUGAAGAUGAUGUUCGAGGUCGAGACGCUCGUCAACGCGUCGCCGGCGACGGUGUCGCGCGCGGGCAUCAUCUACAUCGCCGACGUCGAGCUCGACUGGGAGGCCGUCUACCGCGCCUGGGUCCUCACGCGGCCGUCGGACCACCAGACGAUUUUGUACGACCUGGCGGAGAAGUGGCUCGGCAAGUGCACGCCCAUCGACCCGGGCGUCGCGUUCUCGUUCAUCACGCGCAACUGCGUGUCCACGCUCCAGGCGGGGCGCAUCACCGUCAUCCAAUCCUUGCUCACGCUCAUCACGGGGUUGUGCGACGGCGAGACGAUCAAAUUGCACAUGGCCGGCAGCCUCGAGACGGGCCUCGAGCGCGUCUUCCUGUACGCGUUCUGCUGGUCCUUCGGCGCGCUCUUCGAGGCCGAGGACCGCAACAAGCUCGACGUCUGGCUCCGGGAGAAGGACGAGAGCUUCCUGCCGCCGACGGGCAGCGCCUUCGACUUCUGCAUCGACGAGAAGACGUGCGACUGGGCGCCGUGGUCCGCGCCCGCGUGGCACUACCCCAAGGGCGACACGCUGGAUUUCGCGUCCAUCCUGGUGCCCACGGUCGACUCGACGCGCACGUCCUACCUCAUCAAGCAGGUGCACAAGCAGAAGAAGGCGACGUUGAUUGUGGGCUCCGAGGGCACGGCGAAGACGGCGACGGUGCGCAUGUUCCUCGCGUCCUUGGACAUGCUCACGCGGACGUGCAACUACUCUUUUGCUACAAAACCCUUCGGCGCGCAGAACGCCGUCGAGUCGGAGCUCGACAAGCGCGGCGGCAAGAACUUUGGGCCGCCGAACUCGCAGAAGAUGACGUUCUUCAUCGACGACAUGUCGAUGCCCGAGGUCAACAACUGGGGCGACCAGCCGACGCUCGAGCUCAUGCGCCAGCUCAUCGAGUACAACGGCUUCUGCUUCCUGGACAAGGACAAGCGCGGCGACUUCAAGACCUGCGAGGACCUCAUGUACAUCGCGGGCAUGGGCCACCCCGGCGGCGGCCGCAACGACAUCCCGAACCGCCUCAAGCGCCAGUUCUACUGCAUCAACCUCACGCCGCCGUCGAUCAACUCCAUCAACGACAUCUACGGCCAGAUGCUCAGCGGCCGCUUCCCGUCCGCGACGACGGACGCGGCGCUCGGCUCCGUCGUCCAGCUCCUCACGCAGGCGACGAUCGGCCUGUGGAAGUUGAUGCAGACGAAGAUGCUGCCGACGCCGGCGAAGUUCCACUACGUCUUCAACAUGCGCGACCUGAGCCGCGUCUUCCAGGGCGUGCUCAUGACGCCCUACGAGUCGAUCAAGACGGGCGGCACGCGGGGCAAGGAGGGCACGUGGCGCCACAGCCCGCCGGCCUGCCUCCUGGCCAUCUGGAAGCACGAGUGCUUCCGCGUCUUCCAGGACAAGCUGACGAACAACAAGGACAAGGAGUUCUGCCUCAAGGCCAUCGUCGACCAGUGCGAGACCAUCUUCGGGUCCGAGGUCGUCUCGGACCUGCCCGAGGACCUCUUCAUGGUCAACUUCCUCCAGGAGGACGUCUACGACGAGGACGGCGUCAUGCAGGAGGAGGCGCCCAAGGUCUACGAGCCGGGCGGCAGCCUCGCCCAGAUCCGCGACCGCGUCCAGAUGUUCCUGGACAAGUACAACGAGGACUACCCGUCGCGGAAGAUGGAGCUCGUGCUCUUCGACGACGCGCUCAAGCACCUCCUGCGCCUCAACCGCCUCAUGGAGAUGCCCCGGGGCAGCGGGUUGCUCGUGGGCGUCGGCGGCUCGGGCAAGCAGUCGCUCACGCGCCUCAGCGCGCACAUCUCGCGCGCGUCGUGCUUCCAGAUCACGCUCACGAAGACGUACAACCAGGCGUCGCUCAUCGAGGACCUGCGGACGCUCUACCGCAGCGCCGGCGCCUGCAAGCAGACCGUCUUCCUGUUUACGGAGUCGGAGAUCAAGUCGGAGACGUUCCUGGAGCUGCUGAACAGCGUGCUCAUGACGGGCGAGGUGCCGGGCCUCUUCGCCAAGGACGAGAUGAUGGCCAUGACGGCGGACCUCCGCGGCUCCUUCCUCAAGAACCGCGCGGGCCUCGAGGACACGCAGGACAACCUGAAGCAGUACUUCACGGACUGCGUCCGCGACAACCUCCACCUGAUGCUGUGCAUGUCGCCCCUGAACCCCAAGUUCCCGGAGCGCGCGCGCCGGUUCCCGGGCAUCAUCUCGUCGCCGACGAUCGACUGGUUCCUCGCCUGGCCCGAGGAGGCGUUGGUGGCCGUCUCCCGCGGCUUCAUCGGCAACUUCGAGAUGUCGUGCUCGUCGGAGAUCAAGGACAACCUCAUGACGCACAUGGGCAUGGUCCACAAACUCACGACGGACGUCUGCUCGGAGUACUUCGAGAAGCUGCGGCGCGCGGUCUACCAGACGCCCAAGUCCUACCUGUCGUUCAUCCAGUCCUACACGAAGAUGUACAAGCUCAAGCUCGCCGAGCUCGAGGACAAGGAGGGCCGCGUGAAGCUUGGCCUCGAGAAGCUCAAGCAGGGCGCGCGCGACGUCGAGGACAUGAAGGGCGUCCUCGCGGAGGAGGACAAGAAGCUCGCCGUGGCUACCGAGGAGACGAACAAGAUGCUCGAGGGCCUGCAGAUCUCCAGCGCCGAGGCGCAGCGCGAGGGCGACAAGGUCGCCAAGGACAAGGCCGCGUGCGAGGCCGACGCGGCGCGCAUCGGCGAGGAGAAGGCCGCCGCGGAGGCGGACCUCGCCAAGGCCCAGCCCUUCGUGGACCGCGCGAACAAGGCCAUCGAGUCCAUCAAGCCCAAGGACAUCCAGGAGAUCAAGGCGAACAAGAACCCGACGGACAUCAUCAAGAUGAUCUUCGACUGCAUCCUGAUUUUAUUCAAGCAGCCCCUGGACACGGUCAAGCCGACGACGCUCAGCGUCAAGAAGGAGGACCUCGCCUACUUCGAGACGUCGUUCAAGUUCAGCGGCCAGAAGAUGCUCGGCGGCACGACGUUCCUCGCGGACCUGCAGGAGUUCGGCAAGACGGGCAAGGACCUCAUGAACGAGGAGACCGUCGAGUUCCUCUUCCCCUACGUCGACCUGAGCCUCGAGCAGAACGGCGCCUACUUCACGCCCGAGGUCGCGAAGAAGGCGUCGUCCGCGGCGGAGGGUUUGUGCAUCUUCGCCGCGGCGAUGAAGGACUACUUCUACGCGUCGCGCGUCGUCAAGCCCAAGCUCGAGGCGCUGGGCAUCGCCGAGGCGAAUUUGAACGAGGCCGCGGCGAAGCUGCGCCAGGCCGAGGCGCGGCUGAAGACGUGCCAGGACAAGCUCGACGAGCUCCAGGCCAUGUUCGAGAGGCAGACCGCGGAGAAGAAGCUCAUCGAGGACAACGCCGCGGCGCUGCAGAAGAAGAUGAGCCAGGCGUCCGAGCUCAUCGGCGGCCUCUCCGGCGAGCAGAAGCGCUGGACCGACGACGCGAACGAGUUCGCGGAGAUCAAGCUCCGCCUCGUCGGCGACUGCGCGAUCGCGUGCGCGUUCGUGUCCUACUGCGGCCCCUUCAACCAGGACUACCGGUCCUACAUGCUCGAGGACAAGUACAGCAACGACUGCGAGACGCGCGGCGUGCCCGUGUCGCAGAACCUGAACGUCAUCGACUUCCUCGCGGACAUCGGCACGAUCGGCGACUGGAACCAGGAGGGCCUGCCGACGGACCCGCUGUCCAUCCAGAACGGCAUUUUAGUGACGCGGUCGUCGCGCUUCCCGCUCCUCAUCGACCCCCAGGGCCAGGCCGUGGGCUGGAUCUGCGAGCGCGAGAAGGACCGCGUGCCGCCGACGGCGCCGACGGUGCAGCUCACGGACCCCAAGCUCAAGGACAAGCUCGAGUUCGCGUUGCAGGAGGGCAAGGCCUUCAUCGUGUUAGGCGUCGAGCAGGACAUCGACCCCAUGCUCGACCCCGUCCUCGAGAAGACGUACGUGCAGAAGGGCCGCCGCUACGUCAUCACCAUCUCCGACAAGCAGAUGGACUACGACAUGAACUUCAUGGCCUACUUCAUCACGCGCCUGCCGAACCCGUCCUUCUCGCCCGAGCUCCAGGCGAAGACGACGGUCGUCGACUUCACGGUGACGCAGAAGGGCCUCGAGGAGCAGCUCCUCGGCAAGGUCAUCGGCAAGGAGCAGCGCGCGCUCGAGGACCAGCUGUCCCUCGUGCUCCAGGAGGUGAACAGCAACACGAAGUCGCUCCUCGCGCUCGACGCGUCGCUCCUCGAGCGCCUCACGUCGAACACGGGCAAUUUGUUGGAGGACGAGGAGCUCAUCGACGUGCUCGCGUCGACCAAGGCCAAGGCCCAGGAGGUGUCCCAGAAGCUCAUCGCCGCCGACGAGACCAAGGCGUCCAUCAACGAGAAGCGCGAGCAGUUCCGGCCCGUCGCGACGCGCGGCUCCGUGCUCUACUUUGCGAUCGUCGAGAUGUCGGCCGUGAACCCCAUGUACCAGACGUCGCUCACGCAGUUCCUGGAGCUGUUCAUGGCGUCCAUGGAGAAGAGCGAGCGCGCGUCCCUCGCGUCGAAGCGCGUCGAGAACAUCAUCGAGGCCAUGACCUACAUCACGUACCGCUACAUCAACCGGGGCCUCUACGAGGCGGACAAGCUCACGUUCGUGCUCAUCUGCACGCUCAAGAUUUUGGUGACGGCGGGCAUGCUCAAGUCGUCGGACGUCAUGCUCUUCCUGCGCGGCGGCGCCGCGCUCGACAUCAACAGCGUGAAGCGGAAGCCGUUCUCGUGGCUCACGAACGACGCCUGGCUCAACGUCCUCGAGCUCUCGUCGUCCCUGAAAUUCUUCUCGAACAUGCCCAGCGACAUGUCGGCCAACGAGGCCAUCUGGCGCCGCUGGUACGAGGACAACGAGCCCGAGCAGAUGGCCGUGCCCGACUACGAGACGAAGAUCGCGGAGAACCUGGAGAUCGGCCCGUUCCUGCGGCUGCUCGUGCUCCGGUCGCUGCGCAUGGACCGCUGCAUCCUGCAGACGAAGGAGUUCAUCCGCUCGACGCCGCAGAUGGGCCCGCGCUACGUCGAGCCCGUGACGGACACGGCGGACGCGAUCUACGCGGAGAUGAUCUCCACCGUGCCCGUCAUCUUCCUCUUGUCCGCCGGCGCGGACCCGACGGACUCCAUCGAGCUGCUCGCGCGCAAGCGCAAGCUCCCGCCGCCGGCGGUCAUCUCGCUCGGCGAGGGCCAGGAGCCCGUGGCCAUCAAGGCCAUCAACACGGCGUCCGCGGAGGGCACGUGGGUCCUGCUCCAGAACUGCGAGCUCGCGCUCGAACUGAUGACGGAGAUGGAGCAGCUGCUGAUGAAGCUCCCGACCGUGGACCCGGGCUUCCGCCUCUUCAUCACGUGCCUGCCCCACAAGGACUUCCCCCUGGGUCUGCUGCAGAUGUGCACGAAGGUCACGAACGAGCCGCCCGCGGGCCUCAAGGCGGGCCUCCUCCGGUCCUACACGGUCAUCGUCGACCAGGAGCGCCUCGAGCGCGUCGAGACGGAGCAGUGGCGCCAGCUCCUCUUCGCGCUCUGCUUCCUCCACUCCAUCGUCCAGGAGCGGCGCAAGUUCGGGCCGCUGGGCUGGGGCGUGCCCUACGAGUACAACACGGGCGACGUCACCGCGUGCAUCCUCUUCCUCGAGCGCCACCUCUACAACGGCCCCAUCUCCUGGUCGACGCUCCAGUACAUGGUCGCCGAGGUCCAGUACGGCGGCAAGAUCACGGACUCCGUGGACCGGCGCCUCUUCAACACGUACGCGCAGGUCUGGCUCACGGCGGGCACGUGCGCGGAGGGCUACACCUUCAACCCCAAGGACACGAUCCAGCACAUCGCCAACGACUUCGUCUAUCUGAUCCCGAAGGCGACGGAGAUCGCGCCCUACCGCGCGUUCGUCGAGUCGUUCCCGGAGAUCGACUCGCCCGAGGUCUUCGGGUUGCACCCGAACGCGGAGCUCACCUUCCGCAUCAAGCUGUGCAUCAAGGAGGUCAACGAGCUCAUCACGACGCUGGCGGAGACGCAGCCCAAGGGCGGCGGCGGCGGCGGCGGCGGCGAGUCGCGCGAGGACAUCGUGCAGCACAAGGCGCGGGAGCUGCUCGACCGGCUGCCCGCGGACUACGUCGAGGACGACUACAAGGCGAAGAUCAACAAGCUCGGCGGGCUGUCGGUGCCGCUGAACAUCUUCCUCUUCCAGGAGAUCCAGCGCCUCCAGAACGUCAUCGCCAAGGUGCGCUUCCAGCUCACGCAGCUCCAGCUCGCGAUCAAGGGCGAGGUCGUGAUGACGGGCGAGCUCCAGGAGGCGCUCGACAAGAUCGCCGACGCGUCCGCGCCCCGGACCUGGAUCUACACGGUCACGGGCGACGAGUUCUCCUGGAUCCUCCCGACGCUCGGCCUCUGGUUCUCGUCGCUCAUGGCGCGCGACGACCAGUCGCGGACGUGGCUCAACAGCGGCCGGCCGCCCUGCUACUGGCUCACGGGCUUCUUCAACCCGACGGGCUUCCUCACGGCCAUGAAGCAGGAGGUGACGCGCAAGCACAAGAGCGACAAGUGGGCCCUCGACGACGUCGUCUACCGCACCGAGGUCACGCAGCUCGAGCGCGUCGAGCAGGUCCGGAGCCAGCCGCCCGAGGGCGUCUACCUCCACGGCAUGUUCCUCGACGGCGCCGCCUUCGACAAGAAGGAGAGCCUCCUCGUCGAAUCGGAGCCCAAGAAGCUCUUCGUCUCGCUCCCGAUCCUCUUCGUCUCCGGCCUCAUCAAGGACGAGUCCUACAAGCGCCGCAAGGAGCUCUUCGGCGCCCACGGGCCCUACGAGUGCCCCGUCUACAAGUACCGGCCCCGCACGGACCGCUUCUUCAUCUUCUUCGUCACGCUCAAGUGCACCACCGAGAAGAACGCGAAGCACUGGACGCUCCGCGGCACCGCGCUCCUCACGACGGACUCCGCGUCGUCCUAG